GGAACAACCUGAUCCAGGGCCAGGGCCUCUUUAGUUGAAUGGCUAAGAUCGCUGACUUCAAAAACCGAUAAACCACAACUGAUUGAGGACAAUUGAAGAAUGCCUUAAUAUCCAAAGUGCAGUGUUCACGAAAGACCCUGAAAGUUCACAGGACAGUCUGUCUGGUGAAGAAGAUAAGCCAGUUCAGAAAGAAGGCAGUUUUGAGUUCUGGAGGAAAACAUUGAACAGUUGUCAGUAUGUGUUGGCACCAAUGGUAGACCAGAGUGAACUGGCAUGGCGGUUAUUGAGUAGGAAGUAUGGUGCUCAGCUGUGCUACAGUCCAAUGUUUCACAGUUCAGUGUUUGCCAGGGAUGCUCAUUACAGGCGAGAAUCACUGCAAACAUGUGAGGAAGACAGACCUCUUAUUAUACAGUUCUGUGGCAAUGAUCCAGACACUAUCCUAGCAGCAGCUAAACUAGCAGAGGACCAUUGCGAUGCUAUAGAUUUAAACCUCGGUUGUCCUCAGAUGAUUGCUAGGAGGGGUCAUUAUGGGGCUUACCUUCAGGAUGAAUGGGAACUACUGGAUAAAAUAGUAAGUUUAUGCCAUGCAAACUUGAAGGUGCCAAUCACAUGUAAAAUCAGGGUAUUUGAAGAUAUGGAGAAAACUGUGCAAUACGCUAAAAUGUUGGAGAAGGCCGGAUGUCAGAUUCUGACAGUUCAUGGUAGGACCCGUGAGAUGAAGGGACGUUUAACAGGCCUGGCUAAUUGGGAAUACGUCAAAGCUAUAAAGAAGGCAGUAAACAUCCCAGUGUUUUCCAAUGGUAAUAUACAAUAUCUGUCAGAUGUGAAGAGAUGCCUGAAAGAAACUGGAGUGGAUGGCAUAAUGACUGCUGAGGGUAAUCUACAUAAUCCAGCACUGUUCGCUGGCAUAAAUCCACCAAUAUGGCAGAUGUGUGAAGAAUAUCUAGACCUUACUGAGAAAUAUCCAUGCCCCCUGUCCUAUAUCAGAGGUCAUAUAUUCAAAAUACUGCAUCAUGGAUUGCACCUUCAUCCAGAUGUAAGGGACAUGGUUGGGGUGGCCAGAUCGCCAGAAUGUCUCAGGAAGGCUGUAUUAGUUUUAAAAGAAAGAUGUUUGAAAGAGAUGGAGGACAAAGAUUUCAAUGCGCGUGCAGGUCUGUUUGGAGAACUACCUCUACCAUACUGGUAUUGUCAGCCUUACCAAAGACCAAGUCCUGAAGAAGAAGAACGUAACAGGCAGAAACGUGAACUGUUGACACGACCUGCAACCAUCGAGGAACUUGUUAUACAGAAAGGAAUGUCAAAGAAAAAAGUGAAGAAACGUCUUCGUAAUCCUAAUAAAAACUUUGAUGGCAAGAAAAAGAUCAAGUUUGAAAUUUGUGAAGACAUAUUUUGUAACAAUCCAAGGGGUCAGAAGUGCAAUUUUAACCUGUGUAAGGGAUGUUGUAGAAAGAAGACUUCAGUGGAAGUGGUAGAUUGUCUAGGUAAAGGUCAUAAAAUUCACUUCACUACCCACCCAGCUCUUCAGGAACGCAAGAAAAAUAAUGAUAAAGAUGUCCAGAGUUCAGAUUCUUCAAAUACAAGAGGCCAUUCUGCAGUUGUCAAAACAGGAAGUGACAUUACAGAAUCAGGAAGUGAUGUAACUGAAAAUAUGCAGUCAUGUAACUCUGAAAAUAAUUGUGAUAGAAACAAUUCUGUUGAAACAGCAAAGGUUGGAACCUGACUAAGAUUAUAGUUUUACAACCAAAGGGCUUUCAGCAUGUUUUUAUUGAAUUUUAAAUACAGAAAAUAGAUUUUAGAGAUCCUAGAUGAUCCUGUUCUUGUUUCACAGCCUGCUUGUCACAUUUUCACAGAAUAGUAACUAAACUGGGUAACUGCUAUGAUCAUAGUUUCAUAUGCUGUUCUUCUGUAUUUCCUAUGACAUUUUAAGUUUUGCUCUGAGAUAGUAGGAUGGUUUCUUUUAUCAGGUUAUUCCUUUCUAAAACCAGCAUUGUUAUACAUUUUAAACACCUUUGUGUAAAACUGAUUCUUUUAUAUAAAUUUUAGAUAUAUUAAGCAAUAAAAUAUAUGCAGGUAUACAGAUAACUGUUGGAAUGAAUUUGUUUUUAAUUAAGUUAUAUUUGAAUUUUAAGGAGCACUGGAUGUUAUGAUGUCCACAUCAAAUCUACACAUGAUGUUGUCAUAACUACAUAUGAUAGUCAAAGAAGACCUUGCAUUUAUAGCAUCUUUUACCUUUCCAAAAUAUAAUCGUGUCUGCUCAUUUUUCCCUUCCACAGUAUUUCUAUCUGCUCAUUUUUCCCUUCCACAGUGUAUUUCUAUCUGCUCAUUUUUCCCUUCCACAGUGUAUUUCUAUCUGCUCAUUUUUCCCUCCCUUCCACAAUAUAUACCAGUCUUUGCUCAUUUUCCCUUCCACAAUAUAUUUCUAUCUUUGCUCAUUUUUCCCUUCCACAAUAUAUUUCUAUCUUUACUCAUUUUUCCCUUCCACAUUAUAUUCCUAUUUUUGCUGAUUUUAACUGUCAAACUUUUUAUUACUGUACUUGUCUUAAUGGUGUGAAGACAAAGUUAAAAAAAAAAGGUACGGACUUUUUUCAACACAAUUUUUGAAAUUGAAAAAGAGUAGUAUUUGUCACCAAACACAUUUGCAUCAGUACUGAUACAGCAUCAUUUUACAAAUUCUGUACUUGGUGUUACUUGGACAUACAAAGUAGAUGCCUAAAACAUCUGGUGUUUUCUGUGUAAAGUCGGGAUUCAAGCAAUUCCCCCACCCCCACUACAACCACACACCCAAAAAAGGAAGAAAGGAGUAUGUCAGUUAAAACUAUUGACAUUUUUCUAAAAACAUAGGGACUUUAUGAAAAUGAGUCUAUUUUAGUUUUUGAAAGGUAAGAAGUAACUUAAUUUAAUAAACCCUUUUUGUCAGUUACCAAGUAUUUUCUAUGCAAUUACCAAAUCCAGCAGUAUAAUUUUUGAUGGGACUGUAAUUAUGAUGAACCUUUGGUUAUGUAUAUUAAAAAUAUAGGUGUUUGUACACCAGUAGUUUUGUCUCGAUAGAAAUGCAGUAAGGAAGAUAAUGUUACAUUCUUUAUUUUAAAAAGACAAAAAAUCUCUAUCAGCAAACAACAUUCUAUUUUGCUUUGAUGAAAAUAAAUGUAAUUUCUUAA